GCUGCUGACAUGGCUGCAGCCGGUGCCCACCUCUACCUCCUGGCCCUGCUAUGGCAGCCCCUCCUCAGCAGCGGCUCUGCCCGGGACCCGAGGUUCUCCGACACCAAGUGCUGCGCGGACGCGGAAUGUAGCAAACUGAUGUGCAGGGGUAAAGCCAUAGAAGACUUCACGGGGCCGGACUGCCGUUUUGUGAAUUUUAAAAAGGAUGAAAUAAUAUAUGUCUACCACAAGUUAACGGGGAGAUCGACGGACCUUUGGGCGGGAAGCGUGGGCACUUAUUUUGGAUAUUUCCCCAAGGAUCUCAUAGAUAUUAAACAAGUUUACACAACCGAUGAACUAGAAUUUCCCACAGAUGCAACAGAUUUUGCUUGUUUUGAGGAUGGAAAAGAUAACUUCGAUAGUUACGAUGUCAAUGAACUUUUACAAAAACAAAAAGGAAGCACAACUAGUAGUGAAACAUCACCCGGGGCAUCGCCCUCCCCAGAGAUGGAAACACCACCUGUGGAGACAUCUUCUGCAGUCUCUGAAUCUCCUUCAGAAGAGCAAACCGUUAUAAAGGAUAAAACGGCAAAAGAGGAACCUAAAAUUGCAGAAGGUGAGCCAUCUUCUUCAAAGUUUGGAUUAGACUUGGAAGAGUCUGGAAAAACAUCAGACCUGCCUUUAGACGUUGGCACAGCACCAAAUGAUCCUUCUGCUCCAGAACCUGAAAAACCAAAUGAGGAUAAAUCUGGUUCAAGAUCAGAACCCAUAGCUGAGGAGCCAUUUGAUUCAGAAUUAAGAACGGUAGCUGGGGAUUUGUCUCCAUCUGAAUCUGCAUCUUCUGAUUCACCAUCUGAAGAGCCAUCCACUUUGAAGUCUGGAGAACAGUCAGGAAGUGUUUUAGAGUCUGCAAAACAAAAAAAAGAGCCACCUGCUUCAGAUUUGGAGAAAUCUAAAGGGCAUUCUUCUGCAUCAGAAUCGGUAGAUCUACCCACUUCCGAACACCAAGAAAAAAAAGAACAACCCCCUAAAAGCCCUGGGGAAGACAACACUGAAGCGAGCAAGCCGGCAGAUACAGAUCCAACAGAAAGUGCCAUUUCCCCAAAAGAUGAAAAUGUACAUAGUCCCAUUGUAAAUAGUCACUAUAAAAAUUCUCAGGAAGACAGUGUUGCACAAGACAUAUCAAACAUAAAAAGCAAAUCACAAGUGCCAGAUAGUGAACAAGCCAAAAAUGAUAGCAUUUCUCAGGGAGAAGUUAAAGAAUCUAAUGAAAAGAAUAAGGACUUUGAUUCCUAUACCGUUAUAGACAAAGAACUGACUCAGAAAUUGAAGACUGAAAUUGGCUCAACAGGUGAUGCUAUUGUGUCUGAUGAUGAGAAGACGAGAAGUGUUACAUUGGAGGAUGAAUAUCUUGAUGAAGAUGAGAAAAGAGAAUAUGAACCCUAUGAAGCAGAGUUUGAAGAAGACAUUUCUGAGGGCUCUGUGGAACCUCCUUUGUUGUCUUUUGAAGAAUCUGAUGUCAAGUCAUUUGAUCAUACAACUUUUGAAAAUGAUUCUACCUCUAGUGCCCCACCAGAGGCAAAAACAACACUUGCUGAAGAUGAAGUGAAGGUCUCUGUAGAUGUUGGACAUGCAACACCCCUAAAACAAGAAAAAAACAUACUGACCACAUGGGGAGACACUUUCUUUGCCAUCGUUAGUGGUGGAGAAAAAACACGGGAUGUCACUGAUCUGGAUGAAACAGAUUCCGAGGAAGAAGAGGAUGAAGAACCAGUUGAAGAGUUGGAAGAUGACAAUAACCUGUAUUUAAUUGCUAUGGAGAAAAAUAGUGUAAGGCAUAAAAAUUCUGAACCACCUUUCGAUGAAGACUUAUAUAUAUUAGAAGAAGAAACAUUGUCUGCUGUUGAGGGUGAUCAAGCUUCGCAAACCAAGCCAAAGAUCAAUGUUACUUCUAACAGCUCAUCUGAAAAUGCCGAUAAUUUGUCCUCUAGCACUGAAACUCCUUCUUCCAAACAUGAAACUGAUCCGGAAUCUGUAACCGAAGAGUCUGAAGUCCUGGAUCAAGCUGAUAAAGUAGAUCCAGAAUUAACAAAAGAAACCCCAGUUGAGACACAGGAAACUUCAAACAGUGAAAAAGAUUCAGACAAUAUCUUGCCAUCAUCUAAAGAUAAGAAUUCAUCUACACAAGAGAUAACCAAGUCUGUGGAAGAUGCUGAGUCAACAGGCUCAAAAACUGAUGAUAAAGAAACUUUGGAAGAUCCAAGUACAGAUCUUAAAGAAAAGAAAGAGCUAAAUAUAGUUGACACUGUUCUUGAUCAGGCAGCUCCAGAAGAUAAUGAAGCUAUGAAGCAGAAACUGCCGUUAUCUGAGGAUUCCAAGCUCGAAAAACUCAAAACUGAUGAAGAUAAAACUGGAGAAAUAAAAUCAAAUAAAAGUGAUUCAGAGUCAUUGGAAAAGGUUGACUUAGGGGAUAAAAAACCUACAAAUGACUCAGUUGAACUUUCAAAAGAAGAGAAAGAUACUACAACAGAAGAAUCUGCAGAUAACGCUGAAGCAGAUGAUAAACCUAUUGAGAACCAUUUAGAUGACAAAGAGGAUGACGGUUCACCCGAAGAAGAAAGUACAAAGCAUUCAGAGCUUCCAGGUAGUCCAACCAACACAGAACAAGAACCUUUGAAAUCAGGUGAUUCCGAUGCGGAAAAGAAAGAAGACAAUGUGCCAUCAGACCAUCCAGACAGUACCUUACAAAAUGUUCCACAAAAAGAGGUCCAUGCGGAAGAGAUGACCUCAUCAGAGAUUGAUGGAGAAGACAUUGAUGAAGAAAACGAGGAUGGAGUAUUGGAAGAUGAAAACGCUGUUAAUGCCACACGAUCUAGUCAACUAGAAACUAAGAGUAAUGGUACUGACAAUCUCGAUAGUUUGGAGUCCAACAUGACAGUACCUGUCGAAAAAGAGACUGCUCAAGAAAUCUCACCUGAAAAAAAGGGCACACAAAAUACACAAGCUUCCUUUGUAGAAAAUGUUGAAGAUGAAAAUAAUACUGAGGACGAACCAAGUAAGGAGGAAAUGGCAGCAACAAAGGAUGAAGGAAGAAUCAACGUUGAUGACAGUCUGAUAAAGAACACAGUUAUAGGUAUUCAACAGGAGACUCCAGCAGAAGACAAGAAAACAACCAAGGAAGACAUUGAAGAGAAAACAGACUCUGACAAGACAGCCAAUGUAGAAGACCUUGAAGGAGUAACUGAGGAAUUGGAUGAUGACUCCACAUCUUCAGUGAAUGAUACACUAGAAGAGGCGUCUUAUCUUGAAAGCAUUACCACCCUUUCUAUCAUGAGGGAUCAUCUAAAUGAAUCCCGCAUUGCACAGUUCACAGAGUACCUCGGCCUUGACAACUUGAUGAGACUGGAAGCCAUGUUUCAUGACAUGGAUUCUAAACUGAAACUCGCACGAAAAGACAAUGUACGUCUGGAUUAUAUCGACAAAGCUCUGGAUGAGAUCUUAGAAGCCUCGGAAAGCAAUAUACUUGACUUUGUUGAGAGUGUCUUGGACUCUAGAGAGGCAAGUGAGGAUCAGAUCCUUGCAGCAGAGAAGGAAAUGUUUGAUGAGGAGGCAAUUUUGCUGGAUGACAUCCAGGAGAUCUCGUACAAGCUCCGACAGAAACAUUCAACUCUAAGUGAUAGUUCUGUGCUUGCUCCAGAAGCCCAGGACCCAGAUGUAACGGAAAAAGGAGACAACACAGCUGCAGAUGUGAAGAAAGAGGAGGACACAUCAGAUAAUGAAGAGAGCGCAGUGGAGGAAGCCACUGUACUAGAACCACAGGUGGAGGAGACCUUAGAACCUAGUCCAAAGGAGGAACCCACAAUACUGGAGCCACAAGUGGAGGAGACCAUAGAGCCUAGUCCAAAGGAGGAACCCACAAUACUGGAGCCACAAGUGGAGGAGACCAUAGAGCCUAGUCCAAAGGAGGAACCCACAAUACUGGAGCCACAAGUGGAGGAGACCAUAGAGCCUAGUCCAAAGGAGGAACCGACAAUACUGGAGCCACAGAUGGAGGAGACCUUAGAACCUAGUCCAAAGGAGGAAACCACAAUGCUGGAGCCAAAGGUGGAGAAGACCUUAGAAAAUAGCACAAAAGAGGAACCCACAAUAGUGGAGCCAGAGGUGGAGAAGACCUUAGAUCUUAGCACAAAAAAGGAACCCACAAUAGUGGAGCCACAUGUGGAGGAGACCACAGUACAACCACCAGGGAUCCACCACGAGGAACCAGAACUUGUCCCUCCCACUGAUGAUCCUGUGGAUUCAAGCACACCUCAUCUAGAUGUAGACCUAUCUCAUAAUACGGAGAGACCAGAACCAGUCACCUCUGUUGAUAAAGGUGAAGCAGAGACAGGCGAGGCAGAAUCCGUGUCUUUGUCAUCUGCCUUCUCCUCGAUGACCAGCUCUCUCCUAGCAGCCAAGAAAGGUUUUGCCCCGGUUGCCACCCUGGUGGUGUCGGCUCUGCCAGAAGAUUUCCAACCAGGCCCAGAUUUCUACGGCAUGCACUGGGAGCCCAUCAUCAUCGCCUUCUUAGUGGGACUGCUCUCUUUCUUGGUUUUCUUCUGGAGAACGUGUCUUUCAGUGAAGAGCAGACUGUAUCAAGUGAGCGAGAAGCAGCUUGCUGAGAAGAUCGCUGCGCUGAUGAAAGAGAAAAGCCAGGCUUUGGAAAAAAUAUCGGAGUUUGAACAAAAGAUAAAAGAGGCCAAGGAGUCUGAGGGCAUGACCCAGCAGAAGAGCACGCACCUGCAGCAGGAGGUCACCACCCUCAAGGCCACUGUUAAGGAUCUGAAGAACAACAACAAGCAGCUCGAUGCCAAAAUGAGGAACCUGCUGCAUGAGAUGGAGUCUCAGAAGGAACAGAACAAGCGGAAGCAGGAAAUGAUCUAUGAAGGGCAGAAAUCUAUAGAGCAACUCAAGGAGCAGUUUUUGCAGAACUCGGCAGAGCUCUCCGAGCUGCAAGUUGCAUUAAACGAGGCAAAAAUGAAAGAGCAGAAGGUUCGCUGUGAUCUCCGAAUUUUUCAAGAGGAGAACUCUCGCCUGAAGGACACUAAGGAGCAGCUGCUGAAAGAAGCAGAUGGAUGGAGUGAGAGGCAGCGGGAGCUCGAUGAGCAAAUCCGGCUCCAGCAGAAAUCUCACAAGGAUCUGGAGGAAGCUCUGGCCUACAAAGAAAAUGAGAUUGAGGUCCUGACUAACUGCGUCAUGCAACUGAAGCAGAUGGAAGAGGAUUCUGGGGCUGGAGAUGAUAGCAGCUGGCAGCCGGCGGGAGAUGGGGAGAUGGAAAAUGGAGAAGUACCAGAGAAACGCAAGGAAAAGAUGAAGAUCCAAAUCAAGCAGAUGAUGGAUGUUUCCAGGGUGAAAACAACGCUGUCGAUCAUCGAGGAAGAGAAGGAUUUGUAUCAGCGAAAACUGACAGACGAGAUUUCUGCACGGCACGAUCUGGAAGAGGAAAUCAAGCAGCUUCAGCAUGACACCGGCUCCCUGCAGUCCGACAAGACCCGUCUGGACAACGAAUGCAAAACUCUGCGCCAGAAAGUGGAGAUUCUCACUGAGCUGUAUCAGCAGAAGGAGAUGGCGCUGCAGAAAAAACUUACCCAGGAAGAGUACGAGAGGCAAGAGAAGGAGCAGAAGUUAUCUGCAGCGGAUGAUAAGGCCGUCCUGGCCAGCGAAGAAGUCAAAAUAUACAAGCAGCGUAUUCAAGAAAUGGAAGAGGAGCUGCAAAAAACCGAGAGAUCCUUUAAGAAUCAGAUUGCAAGCCAUGAGAAAAAGGCGCAUGAAAACUGGCUCACUGCUCGGACGGCAGAAAGGACUUUGGCAGAAGAGAAACGAGAGUGUGCAAAUUUAAGGCAAAAAUUAAUUGAAGUUAACCAAAGGAUCACAGCGCUCCAGAGGCCGUCCAUAGUAAAACCAACUCCAGGAAGACCUGAUCACCAGCCCCCUCCGAGGAGAGGUACGCUGAGUAGGGACGGCUCUUUUGGCCCUUCACCAGUAAGUGGGGGAGCCCCUUCCCCUCCAAUAAUGAUGGACGUGUCUGUACGAUCCGCCUCAGCCAACCUCAGCCGAUCAGAGGACUUGAAAGGUGGAGCUGAUACUUCUGGACACAGACACCCCUAUCCUGAGAUUUCUGGAAGAACUUCUGCACCUGUGUUAAACAGUGGUCCCAGAACAUCGUCGCCCUCUAUGGGUGUGGAUGGAUUGCCAAUCCCAUCUAAUGAGUCUGAGGUGCCCAGUUUGGCCGCUAGUUCUUCCCAGUCCGAGGAACCUGCUCCAGUAAUGUCGGUUGCCAAAGGUCCUCCAUCAUUUCCUGGCACUCCAGUAAUGAACUCUACAGGGGCUGCUCCCAUCAUGCCUUCUGCUCGGAUGAUUGGUCCACCGCCGCACCGAGGAGCCUUCGGUCCACGAUCUUUACCACAGAUGCACGGUCCCCCAUCAGGUUUUAGAGACUUACCACACAGGCCUAUGAUUCCGCCUGGUGCAAUGCCUCCACUGGAUCCAAGAGGUCUCGUCAGAGUUCCAUUCCCACCAGGUCCUGUUGGUAUGCAUGGUCCUAGAGAUUAUCCAGUACCACCUCCUGGAGCAAGAGACUUCCCACCAGGACUACCACCUCCUGGACCAAGAGAUUUUCCACCAGGUCCACCUCCCCCCGGAGCUCGGGACUUCCCACCUGGUCUUCCACCUCCAGGUGCUCGAGAGUUCCCACCAGGCUCAAUUCCUCCUGGGUUGAGAGAUUUUCCACCUGGACCUCUACCACCUGGAGCCAGAGAUAUACCACCAGGGCUCCCACAUCCAGGAGCUAGGGACUUCCCACCAUUAAUGCCUCUUACAGGAUCCAGAGAGUUUAUACCAGGAGUCCCUCCACCUGGCACAAGGGAUUUCCUACCAGGACCACCACCACAUGGUUCUAGAGAAUUUCUGGCAGGGCCUCCACUAGGAGCCAGAGACUUCCCACCACCUGGUCCUCCACGAACAGGUGUAAGAGACUUCCCCCCAGGAUCUCAUCCUGGAGUCCCUGCUGGGCCUUCAUUACCUGAGCAGCGAGGAGGACAUAGUCAACCAGUUCAGACAGAACUUUCUCAAGGUCAAAGAUCCUAAAAAAAAA